GGGUGCACAACUACUAGAUCCUCUCCCUGUAACAUAGUUUUUGUCUUCGAACAGUAAAACUGUUGAUAGUUCUAGAGCAUUAAUGCCAGGAGGCACUGGGAGCUAUUUGCUUCUUCAGCAGCGAAUUGCCAACUAUAAGUUUUAGUUAAAGCAGACUGAACAACAUUGUGACUCUAGUCAUGCCAUUUGGUAGUAGUGCAUUGAAUCACAAUGCAUAUUUCUAUAAACCAUUUAUAAACAACAAUGGUGGCGGCUCUGUUGAAUGGUUGUUAUGCUCAUUUCCAGCGCUGUAACUAUAAUUAUACAAUGUCAAUGACAUUCACUGCCAAUCUCAAUUUCUCAACGUUAUAUAGAGAGCGUUUGUUGAUAGAGGUGCUACAGGCACCCAUUCUGCUUACUACACGCAACUCCUCCGUACACUGUUUUAAAUAUCUUCAAUUAUCGCACACCCACAUUACCAUCAAUCCACAAAUCCGCUCUCUAAUCAGCUGCAGGGGAUUUGUAUUUGCUAAACGCACGUUUUUCCAGAAUAACCUUGUCAACAUGUAUGUGAAGUGCGGGGAAUUGGUGGAUGCUCGUAAAGUUUUUGACGAUAUGAAAGAACGAGACGGAUUCUCAUGGAAUGCCAUCCUUGCAGCUUACCGAAGACAUGGGUUUCCUCACGAGGCAUUGGCACUGUUUCAUCAAAUGCAGAGAACAGAUGUCCAACCUGAUCAGUUCGCCUUUGCAAGCAUACUCCCAGCCUGUGCCAAAAUAGGAGCUUUGGAUCAGGGUCUGGAUAUCCAUCGAAGCAUAAUGGAAAGGGGGAUUGUGCCCGAUUUAGUAGUUGAGAAUGCACUGGUAGACAUGUAUGCAAAAUGUGGGAGCAUACACAGGGCACGCGAGGUGUUUGAUAAAAUGCCUGAGAAAAAUGUGGUCUCAUGGAAUGCGAUGAUUUCAGGAUAUGCACAAAAUGGUGUUAUUAACGAGGCUUUAAGGCUUUUCAAAGAAAUGCCUGAACCUGACGUUAUCUCUUGGAGUGCCAUAGUUGCAGGUUAUGCACAAAAUGGGUUCUUUGAAAAGGCCUUGGAUGCUUUUAAGCAAAUGCAAUUGGCAGGUUUAAAGCCGAACUCUACAACCUUUGUCAGCAUCCUCUCAGCAUGUUCCAAAUGGGCAGAUUUAGAACAGGGUAUGGUAAUUCAUCAAAGCAUAAUCAAAAGUGGAUUGUUAUCUAGUGUCCAAGUUGCAAAUGCUCUGAUAGACAUGUACGCAAAAUGUGCGAGCCUACAUAAGGCACGUGAACUGUUUGACAAAAUGAUGCACAGAGAUGUGGUCUCCUGGACUGCAAUGAUCGCAGGAUAUGCACAAAAUUGUGUUCUUGACCAGGCCUUAAGACUUUUUAAAGAAAUGCCUCGACCAGAUGUCGUCUCGUGGAACGCCAUGGUUGCAGGAUAUGCACAAAAUGGAUUUGUUGAAAAGGCUUUGGAGGCAUUCACACAAAUGCAAUUGGCAGGUCUCAAGCCAAACCCCACAACAUUUGCCAGCAUCCUCCCAGCCUGUGCCACAAUGGGAGGUUUAGAACUAGGAUAUGCACAAAAUGGGUUGGUUGAAAAGGCCGUGGAAACUUUUAAGCAAAUGCAAUUGGCAGGUGUAAAGCCAGCAUCCACAACCUUUGCCAGCAUCCUUCCAGCAUGUGCAAAACUCGGAUCUUUAGAACACGGUAUGGACAUCCAUCGAAGUGUAAUUGAAAGCGGAUUUUGGUCACAUGUCAUUAUUGCAAAUGCCCUAAUAGACAUGUAUGCAAAAUGUGGGAGUAUUCACAAGGCACGUGAACUGUUUGACAAAUUUUCUCAAAAAGAUGUCAUCUCGUGGAAUGCCAUGGUUGCGGGAUAUGCACAAAAUGGCCUGUGCAAAGAUUCUCUUGAAGUCUUUGAACUGAUGAAAAAUUCUGGAACAUGCCCUAAUCAUGUAAGCUUUGCUUGCGUAUUAUAUGCAUGCAGCCAUGCAGGUCUAGUGGAUGAGGGUUGUAAAUACUUCAUUGGCAUGAGUGAUUCUUAUUGCAUUAUGCCUACAAUUGAUCAUUAUGUGUGCAUGGCCGACCUUCUUGGCCGUGCUGGUUAUCUUGAGGAAACUCUAAAAUUUAUCAUAAAAAUGCCGAUUAUACCUGUGGUGGUUGUGUGGGCAUGUUUGCUAGGUGCCUGUAGAUCACAUAAUAAAAUAAGGUUAGGGGUAUUUACAGCCACUCUUCUUUUUGAGCUGGAUCCUAAAAAUGCUGCAACAUAUGUUCUUCUUUCAAACAUUUAUGCAGAUGUGGGCAGGUGGGUUGAGGUUCAUAUGGUAAGGAAAUUGAUGCAAGAUAGAGAAGUUAAAAAGGUACCUGGAUGUAGUUGGAUUGAAGAUCAUAAAAUGAUUCACGUUUUUUCUGUAGGAGAUAGAUCACACCCACAGACACAGGAGAUAUAUGAAGAGUUGGAGAAAUUAUCCUGGAGGAUGAAGUUGGCAGGGUAUUUUCCAGAUUCAAAACAUGUACUUAAUGAUGUGGAGGAGGAGGAAAAAGAGUUAUUCCUUUGCCACCACAGUGAGAAGUUGGCAAUUGCAUUUGGAUUGUUAAACACACCACCUGGAACAACUAUUAGAGUUGUCAAGAACCUUCGAGUAUGUGUUGAGUGCCACACUGCAACCAAAUUUAUCUCCAAGAUUCUAGCAAGACAAAUUGUUGUGAGGGAUGGGAACCGGUUCCAUCAUUUCGAACAAGGACAAUGUUCUUGCGGAGAUUAUUGGUGAUGCGGAGAUUAUUGAUGACGCUAAGUGAAGCAAUUUGUUGCUCUAUAAGAAGGUUAAAUGUGUGAGACCUGCAGGGAUAAAGAAUGGAUCGGAUUUUAUCAGAAGUUUUCAAAAUCUGUUUAUCCUGAGUGUUUGAAGAUCGAGACCAUAAUGUUGACUUCAUAAAUCAAAUGACUAGUUUGCAUUGUGCAUCACUGCCUAUAUAUACUGAUGGAGUAUUUUUUGAAGCCCUUUUGUAUGAUACCAUAAUGGUGUCACGACAUUGAACUGUUUCUCAGGAAGCCCGCACGUUUCUGCAAUGAAAUCUGGAAGAGGUAGAGAAUGAGAAAGACCAUUGGGAGAGGGAUGCUUGAAGUAAAUGGAUAUGACAUCUGAGGAUAUUAGAUCACAUUUUUAUGGAAACAACUCCUUUAUAUGGAAAAUUGUAAUGCGACUAGAUAUGGCAUGCCCAUGUAUCCUAGACGCUAGCAUCAUUUGCAACAAAGAAGUUGCAACUGCUGAGCAGAUUUGGGGAGGCUAAAGGACUUGCAUGUAGGAAAAGGGUUCCCAUCAGGGACCAAAUUUGAUUGUGGGAACAGAUUGUGGGUUUUGAGAGGAGCAGGCCUCCUCCAGAAAUAAAACCAUCAUACAGGUCACAAGCAUCUAUACCUUUGUUUUAAGGUAUUUUAAAUCAAUUUGUUACGUACAGUUCGUCAAACUGUUUGCAUGUACCCUAUGGUGAAACGUACCGAAUGAAGAAAGCUGCUAGGGUGGCCACUCUAGGAAGGAACCUAGAUACUGUGAGCUCACCUGGUGAAAAAAAGUAGCAGCUUUCUAGAGCUAUUACACGUUAGAAAAACUUCAAGCUCUAUAUAUUGUUGUUUCUAAUGAAAAUAAAUAUGUUAAUGAUUUAUCAAAUAGGUUGCACAGCCUGAA